UCAACAGAAGAACCGUUACACCAGAAAGAGGAAGCUUGGAAACCUCAGUCAGACAACCAAUACAGUAACGCUUUCGUUUUACGCUCAACAGCUGGUUUAUUUACGAGCGAGUGCGUUGUGUUUAAAUGUGAGCCUGCGCCUUUAAGAAAACCGGCGCGAAUCAGAUCGAAAUGGAAGUGUGAGUAAAAAUGUCCAUUGUAGCAAAGCGAUGUGGAGUGAAAUUUAUUCCUCCUUCCAUCAUCCUUAUAUAUGAGAACAAAAACACCAGCAAAAUAAGGAAAAGAGUCAUUCCUGUCAGGAAUUUCUCUCAGUAUUCAGACUGUAGUCGAGCAGCAGAGCGCCUGAAGCAUCACGUGCGCCACAGCAUUUACCUGGAGUCCGUUUCUUUGGCUCAGCUGGAGAGGCUUCAUCUCAUCCUCCGCGAUCAUCUGAAGGGUCUCAGCCUGGAGGAGAGUCUCGCCGCCAGACGGCGGUCCGACCCCAACGACGAGGACCUGAAUAAACUGAGCGACGACGAGCUGAACCGCAGGAAGGCCCAGAUGGACGAGCUGUUCGAGCGCAACCGCAAACACAAGGAGGAUCCGGACUUCGUGUACGACCUGGAAGUGGAGUUUCCAGAGAAUAGCGUGCGAGAAACGUGCAGCUGGGACGAAGAGCAGUCCGAUGAAGAGUUUUAGAGACACUACAAUGGAUUUCAAACGAUUCAGAAUGAAAACACAUGGAGAACUGAUGCAUUAUGGGACUUCUGUUGAAAUCUGAUGAUGACUUUGUUAAGUCUGUAUAGUACAGACAACAAAAUAUUAAUAAAUACCAAAUAUAAACAGCACUCAUUCAUAGGCUUUCAUACAUAUCAAAUGACAGAGGAGAUUUAAUGGUAAAUAUUUAUUUGUUUUUACGAAAAGCUGUACGGAACAUCUAAUCCAUAUAAUUUCAGAGAUAGUUAAACAUGAAAAAAUAAAACGCUACUUGAUUGUCACACUGUCAACCUCGCGGAUUCUACCCACUACUGAU